AAAAAAAAAAGUACAGAAAAAAAGAAAAAAGAAAGCAGAACAAACACUAAAAGGCCAUAAGUCACUCAACAAGGAUACCACAUUCUCAUUCUCUUGCAAGCGUGUCUUCAUUUAUUCAUCCACUUCCAGUCUUACUGGUCUUUCCUUUUUUAUUUUUGGCAAUUCGACUCAUUGCAGGGCUCUACUUAUUUCAUCCGCGGAGCAUUGACGGAAGUGGCUUCAGUCAGGACAGAUAAUCAAGCCUCGAAUAAUUUAUCAAUACUACUGACAGCAGCAAAGCCGGAUCCGACAUGAAAGGUGGCAGCAAGGAUAAGACACUAGUCCCUUUCAAAGAGAAGCAAGAUCAGGAUCCAAUACAGCAAACCACUCAGGAUAAGCGCUUAGAAGGGACGAAUAAAAAAGAAAAGCCUGUAGAAGAUAAAGUUGUUACGUCUUCGCGCAACUCCAACGAAAGCGACGCAGGAACAGACGGCCAUGACCAUUCCCCCAAUGGAAAGAAAGUUGAUUCUAUAGCAUCUUGGGACUUGACAAAGUCUAUUCCUAAUGCUAAUAAGAAAGAGAAUGAUGUGGAGAUAAAUAGUGUUUCCGCUCAGGCAGUAGACUUAGAUACACCCAUGGCUGAAGCACCAUUCACCUCCGAGAAAAAUGGGUUAUCAGGUAUGGGCGAAAAGAUCAAUCAAGAAGAUCUUGAUGGUGCUCUGCUGGAUGGAGCCUUAGAUGACUACGAUGAUCUGGACCAAGAUACGGAGGAUACUGAGGUUGGCAAUGGAGAGGAUGAUUUUAGUGACGACGACGACGAUGAUGACGAUGAUGACGGGUUCUCGAAUCCCAGUGAUAGGAUAAACUCAGCAGGAAAGCCAAAUAUGAAUAAUGUAAAGCUCGAAGAUCAUGAUAUGGAUACAGCCGACGAGGGAACAGAUCAGGAUCAUAAAAGUAGCAUAGCGGCACAUUCUGAAGACUCUGACAGCGAUCUUCCUGAGCUAGAAGAAAGCGACAAUGAACAUGAGGAUGAAGAGGAUGAUGGAGACGCCGAUGGAGAGGGUGCAGAUGGUGACGACGAGGAACCAGAAGACGAGGAUGAUAAUGACGAACCUGCAAAAAAGGUAAAUGAGGUUAGGAAGGAGACCUCAUUUACACAAAAGCCAGUUCUUAACCGGCCUUCCGCAGCAGAUGAACUUAAGGAUAGUGGAGACGAUCUGUCCGAUCUCUCAGAGUUUGACGAUACAGAUGAUUCAGACGAAGAUGAUCAUAUGCUCGAGGUAAAAUCAGUUAACAAGGAGUCUAUAGCCAAUAUCCCUGCAACAGCCCCAGCGAUGACAGCAGCAGGAAAUGCUAAACAAGUUACGGGUGGGCGCAAGCGACCAUCACAAGAACCUGUUAAAGAAGUUACUAAGCAGGGAGAGGUGGACACUGUUAAGGAGGAAGGGAAGAGAGAUGGAGAAAAUGAAGAAGAGGGAAGAAAGGAGGGUUCUAACGGUAGAGUGCGGCUUAAUGAGAAGAAAAUAUCUGAUGUAAACGAAGCGCAUCAUACGGACAAGGAAUCAGGAUCAGAAGUACCGGAAGAGGAAGAGGAGGAAGAAAAGCCUGCUGACGAAGAGGAAGAAGAAGAUCUGGAAACAAAGCAACGCCACAAAGACGCUCUAGAAGCACUUACGAGUAUCGAAAUUGAGUUUGCUAAUCUUCGAGACAAGAUGUAUGAGGAGCGUAUGACCGAGUUGGAUCGUGAAGUUGAGAUGAUUAAUGCCGGCACGCACCCCGAGCUAUCAUCAUUAAUGCAAGAAAUCGAACAAAAGCGAGAACAGCGAUUGCGAUUUGCGGGAAUGGGGAAAAAGUAUUUGAUUGACAUCGCUCAGAGUGCAUAUCAAGUGGCGGAGUACAGAGCACAUUGCACCUUUCAGUCCGCGCGACGCACAACUCGUUCAGAUAUGGUACGAGCACUAGGCAAAAAACAGCAGAUGAUGAUGAUGGAGUUAACCCUAUCUUCUGGUACCCAUAAACGCAAUGUUAUUGACGACAAAGCAACACUUGUGCGUGCGCGAAAAAUGAGGCGAGCCGAAGCAGACGAGCUAAGGGUUGUAGUGGAAAGGUGUGGUUUCCCGACAAGCUCAAAGUUACGCCCAAUCUCGAAUUCAGAGCUGGACAACGAUUUCACAGCCAUGGGACUUGCUCGCCCAGUACUUCCUGUCAAUUCCACGGAGCAAUCAACGAAUUCAUCAUAUACAUUAGGACAUAUGCCGCCUUCAAUGCCUAUUCCAUUGUCGUCCAUGCCUUCGCGAUCCACUUCAAAUACCCGAUGGCCAAAUCCUAUGGAUCACCCUCCUCAAAAUAUACCACAACCUGGUUCACGCCCAGAAGUCGAAAUUUAUUUAGAUGGCAGUCGAUGUAUGAUUGACGGCAUAUGGUACAAACCUAACGAUGCUGUAGUGGUGUUAGAUGCAGCAAUAGGACAGUACAGUGCCAAGUAUCUCUAUGUGGCCACUGAUGAGAUUAUACUCCAGAGGACAGACGGAUCCAAGACAAAGCUACAUCUCGGCUUGUUCAGGGGACGCAAGCUGUGCAUGCAACCUAGGCAAUAAUGUUGUUUAACAGUUAUAAAAGAUUUUAUAUUAAUGUUACAUUUCUUGUAACACAUGCG